ACCAUCACCAUCAUAGUCGUCAUUUAUUGACUGUUACAAAAAUGUCUCGUGGUUUUGAUCACUUAUUCAAACUUUUAAUUAUUGGCGAUAGUGGCGUUGGAAAAUCGUCACUGCUGAUACGAUUUUCAGAUGACACAUUUUCGGGUAGUUAUAUAACAACAAUUGGUGUGGACUUUAAAAUUCGCACAGUGGUUAUCGAUGGCAAACGUGUUAAAUUGCAAAUAUGGGACACAGCCGGGCAGGAGCGAUUUCGAACAAUUACUAGCACCUAUUAUCGUGGAACGCAUGGCGUUAUUGUUGUAUACGAUGUAACAAAUGGUGAAUCAUUUGCGAAUGUACGCCGAUGGUUGGAUGAAAUUCAAAAUAAUUGUGAUGUAGUAAACAAAGUAUUAGUUGGCAAUAAGAACGACGAUCCCGAACGAAAGGUUGUCAUAACCGAAGAUGCGCAACGAUUUGCACAACAAAUGGAUAUUGAACUAUUUGAAACAUCCGCCAAAGACAAUAUCAAAGUUGAGGAAAUGUUCCUUUCAAUAACGCGACAAGUUCUUCAGCACAAGUUGCGCACCGCACAAAAUGAACAGCAAAAAGAUAUCAUCAAUUUAAAGAAGUCGGGCAAACCGAAAAAGAGUAGAUGUUGUAGUUGAAAACGGAAGACAGUUUUAUUCCAAUUUAGACCACCACAACCACCAACAACACCACUACCGCCGUUGCCGUUGUCGCUUUCAUUCU